UCUACUCAAGGAUCUAUUUUGUUCUUUGUCGUCUUUCUUUGCGCUUUCCUUCUUCUUCAUCUUACUUCCUCGCUUUAGAAGCAGAUUUUCCACCAGCCAAGAAAGGGAGAUAAAGGAGUCGCUAAGAAGAUUGCAAAUCCCAGGAAGUGUGGAGGAGGAAGAAGAACUCUCUUCUAAUUCGUUGUCUUUUUGAUCUGAUUCAAGCCAUAUGAUUCAUUUGCAGCGCUGUAGAUUUUGUAUUUGAAGAUCCAAAGCGGAUAUUAUUGGUUUACGAGAGUUUUUUCAGUCGGUGCUCAGUUUAUUGAGCUUUUGUUUAUGUGAUUAUGCGCGUUGCAAGUUCGUGAAAUUGGUUGCCGAGUAGUUUGAAUUGGAAUUUGGCUGUGGUGGUGGGGGCGAGGCGCUAGGGCUUAUACUGGAUUUUGUGUGUGUUUGUGGGGCACUCGUUGGUCGUGGAGGCUCAUGCGCUUUUCUUGCUUUUCAUGCCGCCAGAACCUUUGCCGUGGGACAGGAAAGACCUCUUCAAGGAGAGGAAACAUGAGAAAUCGGAGGCCAUAGGGUCUGCGACCAGAUGGAGGGACUCUUAUCAUGGAUCUCGUGAGUUCAACCGGUGGGGUUCUGCAGAUUUCCGAAGACCUACUGGUCAUGGUAAGCAGGGUGGCUGGCACCAGUUUUCUGAAGAAGCUAGUCAUGGAUAUGGGCCUUCUCGGUCAUUCAGUGACAGGGUAGUAGAAAAUGAGAGCUUCCGGCCGUCAGUUCCUCGCGGAGAUGGAAAAAAUAUUAGAAUUGGGAGAGAAAGUAGAGAUUCUUCUAGUUAUAGAGACUGGAGAAGUUACUCUAGGGAGACUACCAAUGGAUUCGGAAACCCGUCUCGAAGGCCUUCCUCGCAGGAUGUGAGUUCUGAUCAGAGGUCGGUAGAUGAUACAGCGACACAUUCCUCUCCUCAAUCUGAUGUUGUAAGUGUCUCAGAUCAAAUUCACUCUAAGGACCGUAAUGAUAAGGUUGGUGGUGCUUGUGGGUCAGAAAAUGGCCUGAGGUCUGAUGUUGAAGUUUCCCUUGGCUCCACUGAUUGGAAGCCUCUGAAGUGGUCCAGGUCUGGGAGUUUGUCGUCUCGUGCAUCUGCUUACAGCAGUUCGACGAACUCAAAGAAUGAAAAGGCUGAUUUACCUCCUAGAGUUUCAUCUCUAAUAGAAAGCUCUUCUGCUGAAGCUACUGCCUGUGUGACAUCUUCUCUGCCUUUUGAAGAUACCAUUUCUAAGAAGAAGCCAAGGCUUGGAUGGGGUGAUGGAUUAGCGAAGUUUGAGAAAGAAAAAGUUGAGGCUCCUGAUACAAGUAUGAGAAAAGAAGGGACUCUUCUUUCCAGUAUUAGUGCUGAAUUAACUCAUUCCCUUGGUUCACACUUUUCUGAGAAAAGCCCUAAAACUUUACCCUUUUCAGAUUGUGCAUCUCCUGCAACUCCAUCCUCUUUUGCUUGUAGUUCAUCAUCAGGCUUGGAGGAUAAACCAUUUAGUAAGGCAGCAAGUGUCGAUGGCAUGAAAUGUAGUUCACCCAGGUCCGGUUCACAAAAUCAGCUUCAGAACUUCUUCCUUAGUUUAGAGAAGUUGGAGAUUAGUUCUAUUGCUAAAAUAGGAUCAUCACUUGUUGAACUGUUUCAGUCUGAUGAUCCAAAUACAGUAGAAUCAUGUUUUGGGAAGUCGACGUUGAAUAAGCUGCUAGCGUAUAAAAGUGAUAUUUCAAAGACGUUGGAGAUGACUGAAUCUGAAAUUGAUUUACUUGAAAAUGAACUUAAGUCUUUGAAAUCUAAAAAUCGAGGCAAUGUUUCUCGUUCGAAAUCUUGCAGUGCGAUAUAUGUCAAAGAAUCAGAUGGUGUGUCAUGUAUUUCUCCUCGACACACUUCCUUGAAAGUAGUUUCUACUUCGGAUUCAACAGUUGAGAAGAUGCCAGUCUGCAAGAACGUCGUGGGAGUUGAAGAUGUCGAUACGAAAGAUGAGGAAAUUGAUAGUCCUGGAACUGUGAUGUCGAAAUUUAAUGAACCAACCCGAACUGAAGUUACAGAUGUAAUUGUAUCUGACAAGACGGGAAGGAGUUUAUCAAUCUCUGAGCCGUUUGUGGAUGAAUGCAAUGAAUGUAUUCGUGCUAAGAGUUGUACCGGUGAAUCCAUUUGUGGUGAUUUGAUGGCACAAGCGGCUAGUGGAUCGUCUCUCUGUGAUCUAAUUUUUGCAAGUAAUAAAGAAUAUGCAAGUAAGGCUGCAGAAGUAAUUUUUGGGUCCUUGCCAGCUGAAAUGUUUAAGAUCAGUAGUCAAAGCACCAACUUUGUCCCCUGCUCGGAGACCGAGAAGCUUACUAAAGAGAAAUUUUUGAUGAGGAGGCAGUUUUUAAAAUUUAAGGAGAGUGCAUUAACCCUUAGAUUUAAAGCCUUGCAACACUCAUGGAAAGAAGGUUUGCUGCAUUCUGUGAAGAAAUGUCGCUCAAAGCCCCAAAAAAAGGAGUUGAGUCUAAGGGUUACAUAUUCUGGUCAUCAGAAGUACAGGUCUUCAAUUCGCUCCCGCGUGGUUCAGCAUGGAGCAUGUCAAAACCGUGCCCGUAACUCAGAAAUCGCUACUUGUUACUCCAGCAAGCUGCUGUCGAAUCCACGUGUUCGGCGUUACAGGAAUAUUUUGAAGAUGCCAGCUAUGAUUUUGGAUGAAAACGAAAAGACGGCUUUAAGGUUCGUCUCCAAUAACGGGUUGGUUGAAGAUCCAUGUGCUGUUGAGAAGGAAAGGAGCAUGAUAAACCCUUGGAGUUUAACAGAGAGAGAGUUAUUCUGGGAGAAGCUAUCUUUGUUUGGAAAGGAUUUUAGAAAAAUUUCAUCAUUUCUCAGCCACAAAACCACUGCUGAUUGUAUCCAGUUUUAUUACAAAAAUCACAAGUCUGAUAGUUUUAAGAAGAGAAAAAAUUUGGAUUUGGGCAAGCAAAUGAAAUCUUCUACCAUGACAUACAUGUUAACAUCAGGGAAGAAAUGGAAUCCCGGCGUAAACACCACGUCCCUCGACAUUUUGGGUGUUGCUUCAGUAAUGGCAGCACAGGAAGACAGCAAUAUUGAAACUCAGCUGACAUGUGCUCGCCGUUUUGAUGAACUUCAAUCCGAAAAAGAAACGGUUGCUGCUGAUGUUCUUGUUGGUAUAUGUGGUUCGAUUUCUUCGGAACCGAUGAGUUCUUGCGUUACAAGUGCUAUCCAUCCUGGUGAGGACUACAGGGAGCCGAAGUGCCAUAAAGUGGAUUCUGUGACGAAACUGCCUUCGACGUUGAAUGCUAUGCAGAGAACAGAUAAUGAACCUUGUUCGGAUGAUAGUUCUGGAGAUGUAGAUUCUUCGAGUUGGACAGAUGAGGAAAAGUCUAUCUUCAUGCAGGCUGUGUCGUCCUAUGGUAAAGAUUUUGAUAUGAUUUCAAGAUGUGUCGGGUCGAAAUCUAGGGACCAGUGCAAGGUUUUUUUCAGCAAAGCUCGGAAAUGCCUUGGAUUGGAUUUGAUCCGUACUUCUGAAGAUGUAGGAACGCCAAGGAGCAGUAACGACGCCAGUGGGAGCGGGACCGACUCGGAAGCCCACUGUGUUGUGGAAGGAGCUCGUAGUAGCGAGGAAAUUGGCUCCAAGUCAGUGGAUGGUUUUAGUGAAUUUGGGGAAAGUACAGCAUUUCAACAGUCAGACGCUAAACGUGCUGAGGCUGUUGGAAACUUGUUUUCCGAGACAUCGAAGGAAGUAGAGGAGGACGCGCCAAAUCUUGAUUCUCAUUCUGCCUGUAAUCUCGCUAAUGCUUGUGCUUCUCCAAGCCAGCCCGAGCCAGUGCAUGACCACAAAAUCGAAGGUUCUUCUGAAAAUACCGAAGCUGGAAGCAACCGCUGUAACGAACCCAAUGUUCUGAGGUCGGAAUCCAUGUCUACAGUUGAUGAAAAUUCAACAGCUAUCAGCGAGAGCGGAGCUAUUACGAAGCUCGCAUUUGGAGAAGAAAAAGGAAGUAACAGUAAUUUACAUGCUCAAAGUAUAUUACAGUGCUUGGUUCAGGAUUCAUCUGGAAUUGAUCCACAAAUUUCACAUCCCAACUUUCUUAAAGUGGAUUCUGUGGAGAAGUCUUAUAAAUUGGAGGUUAGGGAUGCGCCCAAAACACCGAUGAACAGAGAUGACUAUGCCGAGCGUGAAAAUCAUUUGUCACGCCACGUUGGAUCGUCCGAGUUUCCAUGCAGCCAUCCUUUCAAUAAGCCAAUCAUCGAGGACAUGAAUCGAACGAUCAAUCACACAUCUUUUCCUGUUGUUCGAGCAUUAUCAAAACCAGACAUCAAUUGUAACAGUACGUAUGUUGCCAAGGAACAGGAAUGCCGUCUUCAAAACUGUAACAGUUCCAAGCUGUGCCACCGGUCUGCUGAGCUUCCUUUUUCGCCUCCAAAUGUGGAAUUCGGUCAUGAUCAUUGGAAGAACACUUCACGCAGUGGCAGUGCUUCAGAUUCCGAUGUUCCAUGCAGGAAAGGUGAUGUGAAACUGUUCGGUCAGAUACUAAGUCAUGCCCCUUCCCAGCAGAAUUCGAGUUCUGGUUCUAACGAGUGUGGUACGAAAAAGGGACUUCAUAAGUCGAGCAGUACGUACGAUAUGGGAGAGAAUGCUCCGUCAAGGAGUUACGGGUUUUGGGAUGGAAGCGGAUUACAGACCGGGCUAUCCGCAAUGCCUGAUUCUAUCGUUUUACAGGCGAAGUAUCCUGCUGCAUUCAGUGGCUACGCCACAACAUCUGUUAAAACCGAGCAGCAGCCAUUGCUGACACUCGCAAAAAAUGAUAAUCAAGCUUACAAAACUGGAGAUGGUGUUAAGAAACGACCUUACCCAGUUGAUAUAUUUUCCGAGAUACACAGAAGAAACGGGUUCGAUUCUCUUUCGCUGGCGAGUUUACAGCAGCAGGGAAGAAUGAUUGUUGGAAUGAACGUCGUCGGGAGGGGAGGGAUUCUCGUGGGUAAUUCUUGUACUGGCAUUUCCGAUCCGGUGGCAGCCAUUAAAAUGCAUUAUGCAAAGGCCGAUCAGUACGUCGAUGGGAGUUGGAGAGGAGGGAACGGGGAUAUAGGCAGCAGCAGGUAGUAGAAGCGCACCGAAGGCCCCUGCCAUGGCCGGGGACGACCUCACCUCUGUAUGAUAAUUAGCCUGUUUCAAGUGAAAAAAGUGGUAGGGUGUAGGAUAAUCUGAGCCAAUGGGUUCUGAAGAAUCCAUCUUUUUGGUUAAGAAAAGGAAGAGAUUUUAGGGUAUUGUAAUAUUGUAGCUGCAGCUUUGAAGUAUUUGAUUUCAACA